GAUUUUUUCACUUCGUUCAUGUUUGAACGAGGUCGAAAAUACAACAAAGUUGCUGGCUGGGCUGAAGAAAGUGAAUAAUAUUUGUAAUGGACCCACCGCAAGAGUUCUACGUAGGUGACCCUAGUGGCAAGCCUGCUCCACAGAGAAGGAAUGCAAAAGGGAGGCCAAACCAGCAGCAGCAAUAUGCAUACCAACAGCCUACGUAUGGAGGAAGCUCCUCUCAGCUCUUUGAUGAUACAAGUCAGUAUGGAGAUCCUUCAGCUGGGCAACAGCAAGGACAAAUGCCACAACAACCAACGUUUCCUGGAGCACAGUUUGUAAAUGAUCCAAUGGCAAAUAUGGCCCUUCAAUAUGGUACAUCACUUGCAUCUACUGGAAGAGAAUUUGUGGAUCAAAAGAUUGACCAUUUCCUAUCAGUUUCAAAGCUAAAAUACUAUUUUGCUGUUGACACAAACUACGUUCUUAAGAAACUAGCUCUACUAGUGUUUCCAUUCACCCACCAGAACUGGUCUGUGAAAUACAAUAAGGCUGAACCAGUCGCACCCCGGUAUGAAAUUAAUGCUCCAGAUCUUUAUAUUCCAGUUAUGAGUUUUGUCACAUACGUCUUGACUUGUGGCCUUGUCCUUGGAACGCAAAACAGAUUCUCGCCAGAACAGCUUGGAAUGACUGCAAGCUCAGCUUUGGUGUGGUUAUUUGUUGAGUUGAUGGCAAUCAUCUUCACACUUUAUGUUUUUGGAAUGUCAUCUGAUGUGCGGUAUUUGGACCUUCUGGCUUUAUGUGGAUAUAAAUAUGUCGGAAUGAUUCUCGCGUCAAUCGUUGGCCUGGUUCUCAAAUCAACUGGCUACUACGCCACAUUGGCCUGGAUGAGUUUCACAACCUCAUUUUUUCUCGCCCGAACGUUGCGGUUGAUCAUCCUCCCUGAGGCAGCCUCGGAUGGAAUCGCAAGAGCGAGUAAGAGGCGACUGUAUCUGCUUUUAUUCAUAUCUUUAGUGCAGCCACUUCUGAUGUUCAUGCUGACUCGGCAUCUAAACCAGUUCGAUUCUGGAGCUAUUAUAAACUUGAACGUUUAAUUUCUAAAUAAAACCUGUUUUGAUAAUUACAAACUUCCCUUUGUUUUGGUCAUGCCAUGCUCAUGUUGAGCCUGUUUAAUUAUCGUAUCGACAGCUAAGUAGAAAUUUCCACUUCUUUCGAAUUUUCAAUCUUCAUUGAAGAUAUAGACAGUAUCGCAUAACGAAACCGGCGUGGCACUCUUUCCAAAACAGCGUACUAGAUUACUUAAUACAAUAGUAUCAUUAAGUGUUUUUGAUAAUUUUUUUCUCGAGAACAAAAGGAUUUUUGCCAAAGAUGUACGAAAUUGUUUUGGAGUGAUACGUCCCUCGAACUAAGCAGUCAGUGAUUUUGCAAACCUUAAAAUACCCGUUUUCUGGUCUCGAGAAGAAUGCUACGAUCUUUUUUUCCAGGAACUGUUAGCGUCCUUCUCUUUCACAAGUAUUUUCUAACAUUCCUAGCUUUAAAACUUAUAGCUGAAUUGGUUGUUUUAUUUGAAAUGUUAGCUUCAGGUGUUUGCUAUUUUCAAAUAUGUUGUUUACUGAAUAAAUGUUUCUUUUCCAAAACAAUAAACAAAAAUACAAAUAGCUAACCUACCAAAUGUUCUUAAAAUGUUUAUGUAUUGUACCAAAUAAAAUACCUUUAGGUUCUGAGUCUUGGUCGUCUUUGUUUUACACUACAGCUAAUUCCCAGAUUUCAUACUAAAAUUUGCUCAAUGUUCAUAAAAUGGAAAUCUGUCUUGUGUCGUGCUGAUAGUGUAUUCCUAUCUCCGUUAUUCUUCUACAAAUGUCAUUCAUGCCAAUGGUUGCUACAGUAUCGUAAAAGCAGUCUUUGACAUUCUCAUGUGAAGCUAGGGAGUACAGUUUCUUUCUAUCCCAAAAAACAUUUGUCUAUGCCUUAUCCUGAGAACCUGUAAACGCAAAAAGUAGAGAUUUUUGUAACAGUAGGAUGAGAUAAAUACCUAA